UGACCCUGCAAUGAAGCCCAAGUUUGACAAACUCACUGCUCGAGUGAAAGGCUAUCUGACCAGACGACUUUUACACACCGAAAAGAUACAGCUUAUCAUUCAAACAAUUCGAGACACUGUAGAAUUACUGCUAGAGUUAUACACAGAAGAAGAAACAAGUUCGCCUAACCUGAAUGGUUCGAUUGGAAUCAAAAAAGGAGAUAGGAUAUUUCACCAUGGGCUGGUUCACCAGCUGACCAACGCGUGCUCGUCAUUUAAUGACAUUUUCUUCCAAAUUUCGACCAAAGAGAGAAUGACAAUUAUUGCAAAUGACAGAGGCAAAGUUGUUCUACCUAAAACUCCAAUCAGUCAACAUCAGUGUCUGCAGUAUGCUUAAUUAUAUGCAUUUAGCGCAUUUAAAAUACAUUUGUUAGAAAUGCAAUCGCUGGCUUUUUAUAUUCCGUAGCGUCCUCAAAGAAAGAAAAACUCCCUGCAGAAACACCCUGCUCCCUGCAACGCCUACA